AUGGCUGCAAGAAAGCUACAAACGGAAAUCGACCGAACCUUGAAGAAGGUUUCGGAGGGCGUCGAGCUUUUCGAGUCGAUAUACGACAAGAUGCAGGCGUCGACAAACAUGACGCAAAAGGAGAAGCUGGAGACGGAACUGAAAACUCAAAUCAAGAAGCUACAGCGACUCCGAGAUCAAAUCAAGACAUGGGUCGCGAGCAAUGACAUCAAGGACAAGACAGCAUUGCUUGAGAACCGGAGGUUGAUCGAGACGCAAAUGGAGAAAUUCAAGGCAUGCGAAAAGGAGAUGAAGACCAAGGCGUUCUCCAAGGGCGGCCUUUUACAAUCCGCCAAGCUCGACCCGAAGGCCCAGGAGAAGCUUGAAGCGACGCAGUGGCUACAGACAUGCGUAGAAGAGCUUCUCUUGCAGGUGGAGGGAGCAGAAGCAGAGAUCGAAACACUACAGGGGGGAGGAAGGAAGAAGGGCAAGGUCGGGGCAACCGCACAGGAGAGACUUGAGGAAUUGGAGCAUCUGAACGAGCGGCGGAAGUGGCAUGUCAGCCGGCUGGAGAUUAUGAUGCGGUUACUCGAUAAUGGCUCCCUUACGCCAGAACGCGUGAAUGGGUUGAAAGACAACAUCGACUAUUUCGUCGAGGCCAAUGCGAACGAUGACUAUGACGAGGACGAGGGCAUGUACGACGAGCUCAAUUUGGACGAAGAGGAAGAAAAAUUCGGCUUGGUCGCGGACGAGCGGGAUAGUGACGACUCUGACGAGGCCAGCGAAGCGGAUCUCCCACCUCGGACACCAUCAAAGAAACAUGAUGAAGAAAGCGUGUCAAGUAGUAAACGUGACGGUAGUCCCAUCAUGAAGAAAGCAAGUGUUGCAUUACAACUACGCAAGCAUUCAAUAGUGGCAGAAGCACCAAAACCACCACCAAAUCCAAAUUUUGCCCAGCAGCCCAUGGCGAGCAUUCUGAAGGCAGGAUUACCGAGUACACAACCGAGACCACCAGCUCCACAACUUCCGCCAAUACGAUACGCGGCGGCGGCGGCGGCAGCGGUUACACCUUCAACAAGCACACAAAACAAUGCAGCUGUGGCAAAUCCCCCAUCGAUACAGCCGUUGUCGGUCGCAACUGAAAGUCCAGUACCUAAUCCAUCGAACGUGACAAUUACACAGGAAACAUACAAUGCCGUGCUCUCAUCACCAAGCUUGACUCACCCAUCUACGACAAGCCCUUUGCUUUCCUCGACUUCUGAAUCUGUACAACAACUCGAUGGUUCCACUGAUUCACCUGCACUGUCUGAAGCUUUGUCGGGUAUGGAGGCAUCAGGAACGACGUCAUCUCGUUCACGCGACGCCUCGCCACGAGUCGGUUCACAGUCGCCUCAUGUCAAUCAAGCAUUAUCCGAAGCGCAACAAGCACCGACACAAUCACAGACGAAUGGUGUUCAACCCACGACACAGCCUGCACCACAACUUUCGCCGCUUCCACAACAAGUGCAACAAUUCCCUGUGGGUGCAACCGCACCAACCCUGGCAGUAGAAUUGCCGCAUUCCUCAUCUAGUGGCUCGUCGCCACUCCCGGUCCCGCAACAGCAACAACCACAGUUCCCGCCUGGUGUGAAGGUUACAGAACAGCAACAUCAGCAGAGCGUACCAAUACUCAAUCCUCAGCAGUCACAGAUGGCAGGACAGCGACCUCCAUCAGCGGCACCGACCCAGAGCAUGACUCCGUCCUUGCAGCAGAGGUCAAAUGUGCCCAAUGCCUUCCCAGGAUCACUCUCCGAUUUAGUCGUGUCAUUUGAAAACGUAAAACAGAAAGCCGCGCAUCGAAUGACGAACCUCGAUCAGGUGCACAAACUGUUGGAGGGUAGUUACAACACUAUGCCGCAACCACAGGACACAGAGAAGCCUAAGUACUACGUUCCGCGGAACCCCUAUCAAACGCCGUCGUAUUAUCCACAAGCGACAAAUCCCAUUUUGAGCUCACAGGGUCUAUUCUCGCAAUUAGACGUCGAGACACUCUUCUAUGUGUUCUACUUCCUUCCCGGCACCUAUCAACAGUAUCUUGCGGCCAAAGAGCUCAAGCGUCAGUCAUGGCGAUUCCAUGUGAAGUAUUUGACAUGGUUCCAGAGACAUUCUGAGCCGCAGGCAAUCACGGAUGAGUACGAACAGGGUGUGUAUGUUUACUUUGAUUGGGAAGGUAGCUGGUGUCAGCGGAAGAAGAGCGAUUUCCGAUUUGAAUAUCGGUACUUGUCGGAGGAUUGAGGGCGGGCUUGGUACUUAAUUUUAUUACGCUGCAGUGAACUCUGUCCGUUCCCCCACUCGUUCCCACUGUUUUCCUUUAGUUUUCCUCCUGUUUCUUGUGCAGUAGGCGUCGUCUAGUUGCCUGUACGGAAUAUGAUCUAAUUUUGCAGAUU